AUGCUCAACAACGCCAUCAUUGCUUUGGCCGCCCUUGCGGCGUUCCGUCCCGUCGACGCCAUCUGGCCCGUUCCCCAGCAAAUCUCCACCGGCAAAGACGUUCUUUUGGUUGACAAGUCCAUUCAAGUCACAUGCAACGGCAAACCUGUCCCGUACGACGCGCUUGACAGCCGCAGCACCAGCGAGACCAGAGAGUCACAUUGUGCCUGCAGUCAAGUUGUUCAUGGUGCCGUGGCACGAAGCUUAACCGCCAUUUUUGACCAUGGUCUUGUGCCGUGGAUGCUGAACCCGCCCGGAGCCGACUUUGAGCCUGCCUUGGAUGAGGGCGUGGGCAAAGUAAAGUCUUUGACCAUUACGCAGACCGGAAAGGACAACUCGACCGUCCUCAAGCCCCUCGCUGGCCAUGUCGACGAGUCGUACUCCCUCCAUCUCGACGCAAAUGGCGAAGCGUCCAUCAAAGCCGCCACCUCUACAGGUCUUCUCCGCGGCCUUGAGUCCUUCACCCAGCUGUUUUUCAAGCACAGCUCCGGCAACGCCUCUUACACCAGACAAGCGCCCGUGUCCAUCCAGGAUGCUCCGCGGUUUCCUCACCGCGGCAUGGUCCUCGACAUCAGCCGCCACUGGUUCGCCGUCGACGACAUCAAGAGGACCAUUGACGGCCUGGCCAUGAACAAGAUGAACAUUCUGCACCUGCACAUCACCGACACGCAGUCCUGGCCCCUGGAGAUCCCAGCCCUCCCCAAGCUUGCCGAAAAGGGCCGCUACGCCCCGGGCCUCACCUACUCGCCGCAGGUCAUCAAAGACAUCCAAGAGUACGGCGUCGCCCGCGGCGUCCAGGUGAUUCUGGAGAUCGACAUGCCCGGCCACGUCGGCCUCGACAAGGCCUACCCGGGCCUGAGCGUCGCAUACAACCAGAAGCCGUUCGACAAGUACUGCGCCCAGCCACCAUGCGGCGCCUUCAAGCUGAACAACACCGACGUGGAAGACUUCAUCUCGACCCUCUUCGACGACCUGCUGCCGCGCCUGGGCCCACACUCGGCGUACUUUCACACCGGCGGCGACGAGUACAAGGCCGCCAACUCCCUGCUGGAUCCGGCCCUGAAGACGGACAACAUGACUGUGCUCAAGCCCCUGCUGCAGCGCUUCCUGGACCACGCCCACAACAGCAUCCGCGAGCACGGCCUCGUCCCCAUCGUCUGGGAGGAAAUGGUGGAAGAAUGGGCUGCGAAUGUUGGCAACGACACCGUCAUCCAGUCCUGGCUCGGGUCGACGUCGGUCACCAAGCUCGCCACGGCUGGCCACAAGGUCAUUGACUCUAGCUCUGAUUUCUACUACCUGGAUUGCGGCCGCGGCCAGUGGCUCGACUUCAAAGACGGGCCCAGCCUCCAGGCCGCAUACCCCUUCAACGACUGGUGCGCGCCGACCAAGAACUGGCGCCUCAUCUACGCCCAUGACCCGGUGGAAAACAUGACGGCCGCUGCCGCCGCCAACGUCAUUGGCGGCGAGGUUGCCGUGUGGACGGAGACGAUUGACCCCUCGAGCCUGGACACCGUCGUGUGGCCGCGGGCCGCUGCCGCCGGAGAAGCCUGGUGGUCGGGGCGCAGGGAUGGCGAGGGCAAUCUCCGGUCUGUGUAUACGGCUCGGCCGCGGCUGGGGGAGAUGAGAGAGCGCAUGUUGGUACGGGGUGUUCGGGGCGCCGUCAUCUCGCAGCUGUUUUGCGGGCAGUCGCCGCUUGAGGAUUGCACGGCAUAG